CCUCAAACCAUUUUUUUAUUUAUUAUUAUUAUUAUUUUCUUUUUUGAAUAUAGCAUGAAGCUCUGUGCUAUCCUUUUCUUUAUUUUAGUCUCAUUUUAUUUUACGAUAUCAAAUGGGUUAUCACAUUCAGUUGAUUUAAUUACAUCAGACGUUGAACGUCAUGAGAAGAAUAUUGCAAAUUAUUUGGUAAAAAGAAAGUCAAAUGAUAACAAGAAAAAGAAAAGUAAUACAAAGAAACAUAAAUCAAGUAGUGAAGAUUGUCGUAACGUUAGUUGUGCAUUAAAGUUACAGCCAUGUCCAAAAGCUUGCCCACAAACUUGUGGCUAUUUAAAUUCCCCUAAUCCUUGCUGUCCAUUAUUAGGCAAGCCUACUUGUCCUGAUUUGUAAUAAUAUCAAUGUUGAUUGAUGAUAUAAUAAAAAGAAAUGUAU